UGAGUUAACCUGCAGAUACGAGACCCGACACUCAUUACGCAUCUCCAAUCUUCAAGCGACGACAUGUCAGGCCGGCGUUUCAGCGAGUCGUGGCGUCUUCUGGAUAAAGUGACCGGAAAUCUCUCAUGGGAGGAAUGUUACGCCGUCAGCAGAACCGAGUGGAAUUUUCCCGAAGACACCGACCAGCUUGUGUCAGCGACGGAGUCCGACGUGGACGAUCCAGGGGAGAAUGAGCUUGUUGCUCCAAAAGAAGAAAACCCGUUUUAUUCCACUCCUUCUUCUCCUCUGAAAUUGCAUUCAACUUCUGGCGCCAUUCUCCCGUUCCCCGCAACAACACCGGUACCUCCGCAGAGAGCUCCGAGGAGCAGGUCUAAAACCCCGAGUCAGUGGAGACGGAGACGAGCAGCUGCAUCCCAUCCAUAUAAAGCCAGAGGAUACCGCAAAUAUAGAGCACCUGUCUCUGGGAGACGCAGUUGUGGCUGCUGCUGCUGCUGCAACUGUAGUGGAAGGAGAUACAGACCGAGGGGAUGUGUGCAAAGGCGAAGAAGAUACAGGCUUACGCCGAGAGUGCCAUCAUGGGAGCACCUUCCUGUGGCCAUCCAGCCAACUAAAUGGUACCAAGUUGUCGGGAGCAUGCAGUGCAGCCACUGCAAAACACAGGGGAGGCACCAGAUGACAUCUUGGAUGUGCCAGAUCUGCGAGGAGCCCCUGUGUCUGAUGCCACAUAGGAACUGCUAUGCCCUGUGGCAUGGUCAGAGAUUUUGAGCUCACAGGCUGGGGCGUAGCUUUUUCAAAGGGAAGAGCAUCAGAAGUUUAUUAUCCAAUCAUGGGAUAUGUUCUAAUUUCAAGCAGCUUUUGUUAGCAAAUGGGCUUCUCCUGGUUAUUUUUAAAUCAUGCUUAAUUUUUCAAUGCAGAUGAUUAAUUUGUUUAUUCACAUUUGCUGAAUAGUUAAUUAAAGAAGUUCAAUUACAAGUAUAUUUCCCUCCAAAAUUAGCAUGGCAGGAUUUUUUUUGGGAGCCCUCAACUGUUGUACACCCACAUUUAAUGUUCAGAUAUUUCUACCUAAGUGAUUGUAGGACAAUUAUUUAUAAUGUGUUCCUUUUUCUGUAAAUGCUGAUUUCUGAUUAAAUUGCAGAGAAGUUGAA